AUUACUAGACCCAAGACCUUGAAUUUAUUGAACUUUCGUGUCGUUGAAUAUGGUAAAGCCUAUACGCUUCAAUUCCAACUUCCCAUAAAUAAAAGAAGAUAUUUCCCUUAUCCUUUUGUGAAAAAAUUGGUGGUGUUUCCGAAUUCAGCAUGGACAAAUGCAGACGAGUGUUCAAUUUUCAUGAUCUUUGUCGACGGAAAAUUGGGUUUUGCAAAACCUGGGGAUGAAAAGUGGACCCUUGUAGGUGAAAGCUCUAAUUAUGAUGAUGUUAUUGUUUACAAAGGCCAAUUCUAUGUCGUUGAUAAGGUGGGAAUAGUUUGGUGGAUCGAAUGUUCAUCCUUGAAAUUGGUACAGUUUUCGCCUACUCUGUGGGGGCUGGGUAGCCAGAAGCAUUUGGUGGAGUCGUGUGGAGCUCUUUAUGUUGUUGAUAAAUACAAUGACAUUGAUGAUGAUAAAAAGGUAGUUGGUUUUAAAGUGUAUAAGCUGGAUGAAGAAUUGGGUCAAUGGGUUUUGGUGAAAAGCUUGGGCGACCAAGUGUUUGUUUUGGGUGCCGAUUGUUCUUUCUCUGUUCCGGCUCAAGAAUUUUCUGGAUAUAAAGGGGAUUCCAUUCUCUUCAUUGAUAGUGGAGAUGUAACACUAGUACUAGUGUUCAGUCUAAAGGAUCACAGCAUUCAUGAGUUAGAUUCCUGUAAUCAUUUUCAACGGUUCUGGCCUCCCGAACAAACUGGCCUCCCCCAAGCUAAUGGAUGGGUGUAUCAAUGUUUGUAUACAUGAUAGCUAAAUCGACUAGAAACCACACCUCGUGAAGUGGAGACCACUAGUUCAUAUCUAUCCUUCCGCAUUAGGACAAAAAAUUUACUCAUAUAUAAAUAAUCUGUGUUGAUUUGACUGUGAUAGUGUUCUGAACUUUUUUCCCCUAGGGAUAGAAUUUCCUUAUGUUUGUUUGGGAUGGUAUUUCCUGAAUUCAUCAAUCUUCUUGUGUUUUAUCGGCGUGUUUACUUUGUUAUGAUAUGCCCUUAUCUCUUUCUCUC